UUUACACAAACAAAGACACGUCUCUAUUUACGUUUAUUGAAAUUAAAACAAUAGAAAUUUUACCGCCAAAAUUUUUCCAAGCAACAAAAGUGAUGUCAUUGUUAAUAGACACCCGUAAAAAUAUUUUCACUCGAUUUCUUCAUUAUUUCAAGUAACAAAUCGUCGUAGUCUUCCUCACGAGUCAUAAAUUAAAAUUUAAAAUUCCAAAAUAGUUGAGGUUAAGAAAUGUCUCUGGAGGCGUCGAUUGACGAGCGGAUCGAAGAAUUAAAAAAAUGGCAAGCGGAUCAGAAAAUUCGUUUGCUGAAACAGCAGCAAGAGCAGCGAGAAUUGUUGAACAUCGAACAGAAACGGAUGUACGUAGCCCUGGCCUCGUCAAUUGACAACAUCGACGUCACCCUGGACUCCAUGGCUGACAUGUCUCUAUCCAAAAUCCAAGAGCAUUUAAAUUCUUAUCCAAACACUCCUGACAGAUCUGACAAUCAUGACGAAUCUUCUCAAUACAAAUCAUUUCCUACUGACAAUUCUCAGUACAAAUUUCCUGGUGACCAGCCGUGUAGGAGCUCCGCGGAAUUCUCUGAUGAAUCUUCUGGGCAGAGUAAAAGUGACAAUCAAGCUGUCGAACCAAAACAAAAAUUUACUUCUCAUGAUCCAAAUAUGUCAGUGGAAAUGAAUCCUUUGUCAGCCAAAAGAUCAUCAACCGGGUGCGUACGCAUCGACGACAUUCCAGUGCCAUCACCUAAAAAAGAUUUUAAAACUUUGCUAGAAGAAAAAUUAAAAGACUCGGACGCUCUGGGAGACACUGGGGAAUUUAAACAAAAUAAUUCCAUUAAAAAAAAACCUUUUUUACGCAAAGGUGAAGGACUAGCCCGAUUCAGAAUGAAUGCGACUAAAAACCCUGGUGAAAAAAUAUCAAAACCACGUGUCGCUCUGUCAUCGUCGAGUACCAGGAGUAAAUCACCUGGUGUCAAAGAAAGUAACCGUAAAUCUAAAGACAAAAUUAUUAAGAUAAAUAAAAAUAGUGGAAUAUCACGACGCAGUUGUCCGAUUCCUAAAGUGGCGCAGCAGAAAUUGAAUUUUAAAAAUGUCGCGUUGCCGCGGAAUAGAAUUAACAGCAGGUCGAUGUCACCUCUAGCAUCUAGAAGCUCUCCUGCUGUUCUUGUUCCUGCUCCUAAACCUGCAGUAACUCCGAAAUCCAUCGCGACCCUAAAGGCCGCAGAUGAAAAUAAGCAUGGAACAGAUGAGUCUAUCGGCUCGGAUCUUGAUACGUCCAAGUUAGAAACGAAAAUGUUUGAACUACUGGAAGAAAAAGCCGAAAAUUCGAGCUUCUGUUCGACUUCAAGUGCCGUCGUUGCUUUCUUACAGCAGUCGACGCCUCUAAAGUUGAAAACUAUCCGUAAAAAUCUCAUGACUAGAAGGCAGGCGCAGGAACAGAGAAGUAAUAUCGUCGACGAUGAAUUAGAAGCACUGGUGCGCUCGUUAAAGUCAAAUAAACUCGACAAGCCUGCUGUCAAUAAUUCAAAAUGGGACUCUGGACCUUUUGUAAAUGAACAUCCGAUUGACAACAACGUUUCCGGUACUCCCGUAGUUGGAAAGAAAAAUUUACAGCCUGAUUACUGCUGGCAAUCAAAUAAAAAUCAUUACGAUUUGAUUGAAAAACUUGCCGAGUCGAUGACUGAGACUGAUACGGAGUCGGAAAAAAAUUUUGUAUAUCAGCAAGUUGAUGAUAGAAAUGUGAUUGAUAAAAUAAGCGACGCGAAUGUGAUGCGCGUUAGAUUUUCCGAGUACAAUGAGUACAAAAUGAUUGGGCUGACUGACACUUCGACUAUUUCCAGAGACUCGUAUGCUGAGGAAAAAAAUUGGACUGAUAAUUCUAGUGUUGAGUCGUCUGAUGUUGAAGUUUUGUCAUCCAGGCGGGAAAUUCACCAGCAUUUCAACCCAGAAAAUGACAACAGAAAUUUUAUUUACGAGAGUACGGAUGAUGAAGAAUCGGUUGUAAAUCACUCGAGUAUUUUCGAUGAUAAAGACAACACGAUCACGGAAAUCCAAGAGUUUGUUGAUGACUUCAAUAAAUUAAAUGAAAGAAAAACGAAUUUAAGCAGAAGCGAAUUGAAUCCACCGGCGGAAAUAAAUGACACUAUUGUCAGAUCGGAGCUUUUGAAAACUCGUUUGCGGGAAUUGGAGCGGGAAAUUGAAAUAUUUCGAAAAGAAAACGCUGGUUUGAAGGAGGAGCGUAAAAAAUUUGAUGAAGAGCAGCGACGGUGGCAGAGAGAAUUCAAAGAUAAAGAAGACAAUUUUAAGAGAGAGCAAAUACUCGUAGAAAAUAAUUUUCAGGAAGAAAAGAAACGACUUGCACGAGAGAAAAUUGCGCUGGAGAACCGGCUACGCGAUGCGAGAGAAAAAUCUCUGCAGGCGAAACAGGAGCUACAGGAAAUUCAGAGUCUCAAGGAUCAAUUGGCGGAGCUCAGAGACGAGAUUGACGAUAAGGAAAGUUUGUGGCAAACAGAGCAAGCGAGACAGCGCAGCCAGAUACGAGUCCUGCAGAUGGAGAAUUCGAAACUCAAACAAGAAAUAUCAAAACUACAGGAGUCUAAGCAAAGUAAAUUAAGAAAACCUUCUGUUGUCUCGCAUACGAAGGCGGUCCAAAAUAAACCAGAGUCGAAAAAGAUAACAUUUGAUGACCAGGUCGUCGCGGCUGAAGAACAAGAGCCGGAAUCAGAGCGAGAUGCAAUGCGAGUUAAAUAUUCUCCUGAUAAAAUUUCAAAUCCUGGGCAUUUAAUUUCUCAGCAGACUGCAGCUGAUAAUUUAUUCAAAAAACGCCAGCUCUAUGAAAAUUUGAUAAAAGAAGCUGCUGGCGAUUACUACGAGGAGAACAUUGAAAACAUUCCUGUAAAUAUCAUCAAGAGUCCAGAGAAACCCAAAAUAAUGUCACCGACUUACAGAAAAAAUAAAACCAUCGAAGAUAAUUUGUCUGCUCAGUCUAAUUUGCGGGAGAAUGGAAUUUCACAGUCGACACAGACUAGUGUUGAACUAAAACUCAGUGAUAAUAAUGACAGCAAACGUAUCACGCGAUUUGCUAAUGACAAUUUGCAGGUACCUCGCGGAUCAUAUCAGCAAUUCGUCCGCGAAGUUAUAAAUCCUAAGAACCAGUACUCAAAAGCUGCUUUAGCACCCGACUACCCAGCGGAAGUUGAUGAUUCUCGGAAGAUCAAAAUGCGGGACUCGGAAGACAAAUUUAAUUAUCCCGUAGAUUCAUCAGAAAAAAAUGGACACGAGGUCGCACGAAGACCUCUGGGUGAAAAUCAGCCGACGAUUAAUUACAUCACUGAUAGGCGAAUUAAUCAAACGAAGUUCGUCGACGGGAAUGAGUCUGAGAUGACACCUCGGGCGGAACAAGUGCCGUUACCUCGACCAACGGAAGCUAUGACUCCGCACCCAGAUCAUAUUCAAAUAAGUCAUUUAUCUGACUUGACUUGUCAAGAAAGAGUUUGUUUGCCCAAACAAAAUAUACGCGAAAUCCAAUGUCCAGAUGGUCACUUAGAGUACUGGUAUCCAAAUGGAAACGUAAAGAAAAUUUAUCCAGAUAAAAAUAUAUCCAAGAUGAUUUAUUACAACGGUGAUGUACGGGAAACGUUACCUGACGGUUGUGUUAAGUAUUUUUAUGCUGCUACCAAAACUUGGCAGACAACUUAUCCAGAUGGAUUUGAAAUUUUAGAAUUUCCUGAUGGGCAAAAAGAGAGAAGAACCAAAGACGGUACUAUUGAAGUUGAAUUUCCGGAUGGUUCAAUUCGGUUAAUGCAACCGGAUGGCGUUAAUAAAUGGGCAUUACCUGAUGGAACAAUUGCUGAAACUUUUCCAAACGGGGAUAAAAUACUUUCACUGCCUAAUGGCCAAUGUGAAAUACAUACUGUUGACCACAAGCGACGUGAGUAUCCAGAUGGUACAAUAAAAUAUGUCUACAAUGAUGGGACACAAGAAACGCGAUACUCAAAUGGACGAGUUCGUAUCAAAGACAAAGAUGGCAAUCUGAUAAUGGAUGCUCAUCAAAUUUAAUAAUAAAAAAUAAAAUAUUUUUUAAAAAUUAUUUUUGAUAGUAUGAAUAAAAAAUAAUAAUUGAAUUAUUUUUAUAACAAUUAUUAUUUAAAAGACUGUAUUUACAUAUAUAUUUUACUAUACAUCAAUACUGUUAUAUAAAUACAAGUAUUUUAUUCAAGUAAAUGUAUAUAAAAAUAGUA